UCUCUUGUUUUCAUCAUCCCCAGCUCAGCAUCCGUCCACAGCAGCUCCAUGUCUCUGUCUGGGGCCGAGGAAGAAGAAUAAAAGGUGCUCAUUGUUAACAAAAUAAUAAUGAUCUGCGCACUUUAUCGGUGGGCUUUUUACGUUUCCAAAUCCUCCUCUUCCUGAUGCUGCUCGGGGUUGCAGCGGGGAGCGGUUUCGCCGGAGGAUCGCGGUGCCAUGCAGCGAGCUGGUUUUGCAUUUUUACGCAGCUCUCCAGCCUCUCCGUCCUCUGAUGCAGCGGCGUCACAUGCUGCUGAAAAGCGCGUUAAGGCUUCAGAUAACAUGUGUUUGGGUGGAUGCCGCAGCCCACAGGAUUUGGAGCAGCAGUGGAGGCCAGCAUGCCCGGAUCCGAGGACGCUCUUAUAACAGCUGCUAACCAUAUUUAGUCGAUUUUAGCACGUAACACGAAGCGACCAUGGGUGAAGAGAACAGCCUGUCAAAGCAGAUAGGAAGUGUGGAGAGGAGCAUCGUGUUCCUGAGACAGGAACACCUCACUUUACUGCACGGCCUCCACCUGGAGAUCCUCUCCCUGCAGAAGCGAUGCUCAGAGUUGACAAGCGAUCUAGAGGUGAAGCCUCAAGGAAGGAAUCCAAUAGAGUUGCAGGAGGAGGAGGAGCUGCUAGAGAACCGCUGUUGGGACGUGGAAAGCCGUCUGGACGAGGAGGAGUGCACCUUUGGAGAGCUGAGUCAGGAGCUGAGUCACAAAGGGGCUUUGGUGGGAGUCCUCAGAGCCAAUCUCAAGGAAAAGGAGCGCCAUUUCCUGGAGGAGCUGAAACACCGGAGCCACUGUUCAACCAUCUUGAACACGGAGCUGCAGAAACAAACAGAGGCAGCAGCGUACCUCUCCUUCCAGCUGCAUGGUGCCCGCCAGAAACUGCACCACCAGCGAAUGCAGCAGAGGCAGGGACUCCUCGCACGGGCCAACAGUCAGGGGGCCCAAUACUGUGCCGAGCAGAUCUCUGUCUCUCCUCAGAGGCCUUCAGGAGCCUCCCCUUCCUCUCCCGUGGUUAAACCCAAGCGUAAAAGCGUCAGGUCGUCUUUGAGAGUGGAGCGUUCCCGGGAGUGUGUUCCCAUAGAGAAAGUGACGGGCCCCGCUGAGCCCACAGCCAUGCCGGACCCUGCACUCUUCCUCCACCCUCGCAGGCACAGGGCCCGCUCCAGGCACGCUGUGGCACAAAGACAGGCUCCACUGGGGCUGGAGAGGGAGGAUGAGGAGGAAGGAGGUGGCGAAGGGCCGAUGGAGCCUCAGGGCGGAGCUGCCAGACUGCUGUCUUCAGCGGCAGCGCCCCCUGCUGCUGAGACAAAGGCAGACUAGCGAGUACUAAAGCCUGCACUUUAAACUGCAGUUUGAUCACUGUAUGAUCAUCUGAGACUGUUAAUGCUGGUAACUGUUCUGCACCUUGACUGAAUUGAUACUGCGUCUAGUUUUAGCUCAUGAAUGAUUAUAUUACACUUAUUGUAGUCACUUUUUUUAAAUGGACUUUGAUAUAACCCUAAAUAACUUGCAAAGAAAACUCAGAAAGUGUCACUUUAAGUCAGUCUUAGAUUAAUUAUCUGUUUACACUGGUGUCACAUGCUCAGUAUACUGUAGGGCCUUAUUUCAAAGCCACCCCUUUUGGACAUUUGUUGAUGGUGAGCGGCCAUUUUAAAAGGACUACAAGCCCAACCAGGGCCGUUUCUCAAUGUCGAGUAUACCUGCUGCUGAGCCAUUAUUUCAAGUAUACUACGUCAUAGAGUGGCGCAGAAUGCUGGGCAUUUAACAUGCAUUUAAACAGUCCUUCUGUGCCACUCGAUGACGUAGUAUACUUGAAAUAGUGGCUCUGCAGCAGUUUUACUCGACAUUGAGAAAUGGCCCAGCUGUGAGCUUUCAAGGCCUACCAUAAAUCAAACAUGUGACCAAACAUUUGUUUGGUCCCUGACUGAGGCACAGCUGACAUAUCUGAAGCGGUAUGUUCGGGUCCUCCCGGUGAAACAUUUUUGACUGAAAAGAGGUGUGUUCCUGUGAUAAUACAAAGGACAGUCGAUUAACUUCCAAUACAACAGUAGAUCAGUUCUAUCUUUAUUACACAUAUGUAUACCUUUCCAGUAGGUUUCCAUGACAAUUUAUUUAUAAGGAUACAACUCGGGUGUUGUCAGCAAUAUCCCCAACCAUUUUGUUUUUUAAAAAAUGAACCAGAACCUGUCGUUUGCUCUAACCUGGACUGCUUAUCUCCGUCUGUACGUUAUUGUAAACCCAACAACAGAGAGCAACGCUUCAGGAAACAAACAUUUUUUAGAAACAGAUUUGACACAAGCCCUGCCAACAGUUACUGUAAAUCUGUUUAAAAUCAGUGUUCAUGUCUUUAACUGCAGAUAAUUAUGCUUCAGUUAGCUUUCCUUGGUGCAACUAAACUAACACUUGGUACAAUUUGAACUCUACUAACUAUAGUCCUUGCUGUUGCCCAUAGAUCAAUAAUACUUUAUUUUAGACUAGGUCUAUCUGAAAAGGAAAAAAGAGUAUUUUAACAUUCAACGUUCACAACUUGAAAUGUGGUUAUUAAAGCAGCUGUUAAAAAGUAAUCACUUUAUACUUUGACAAAACCUGUUUUAUUUGCGUUUCUGUAAGUGCAUUGGAUCGUGGAGGACAGAUCAGACAGUCAUUUUGGCCAUGUGUAAACUUUCCGUCUUACACUAUUGAGACCGUGUGUUUAUUCAAAUAUACACACAGAGGCACAUAAACCCUGCUUUAUUUUUCUGCAGUAACUGCUUUCUAUAAACAGAUUGUGACGUGUUGGACCAUGCGUUAGACUCAGGUGUGGUGUGUAUACUAACUAAACACACACAGCACUACUUCUUCAACUAGUUUGUGUUUGGCUAUUUUGUUGGGGUUUAUUUUUUCACCUCAGGCAAAACAGAUAAUCACAAACUUGACUACAGGUUUAUGUGUGUUUUUUAAGUGGGAUUGACAUUUUCUAUCUGUAUUCUGUUCCUUUUUCCCUUUUACACACCCAAGAUGAACACCUAUAGAGUGACUGUGUACUGUAAAUGAGGGCAGGCAGUGUGUGUGUGUGUUAUCAAAACACAUGCAUAUGGUGGCCCCUAGCGUUACAAUGAGCGAAUAGCAACUUGAAAACAAAGCAGUAUAGGAGAGAUCAAAUUAUCACUUUAGAUUACUAUACUUUAAUGUAGGAAAUACUUUUAAAGUUAUUUAUUUUUCUUUUCUCCAUUCAGUACCCUUAUGUAAUGAAUGCCUUAUAAUAGAGGAGCUGUGGAUAUUAGAAAUACAGUGUGGAACAUUUCUAAGUACUAAAGUUUUGUGCCCUUUUGUUUCAGAAACCCUUUUAUAAGACUCUUUGGGAUUUGCAUAUAAACUCUAUUACUCUAUAUAAUGUGACACCUCAGUUAUUUUGAAGCUGUGUCACAGUUGAUUCAUUCUUGAGCCAUGACUCAACUUAGCAUCAGUGUCUUGAAUGAGCCUUCCUGCAAGGAUGAAUUUAAUUGUGUUUAGUUGCUGUGAGGCUUUUCUUGCCUUCUGCAGCUACUGAUUAAAGUUUAGCAUUAUGUUUAAGCAGUGUAACCUCAACAAAGCAAUAUAUCAAUAUAUUUAUAUAUUAUUAGUAUGUCACGUCAGCCAGUUUAAGGACUCUUGAGGUAUGAAAUUAGAUUUUAUGAUUGUUUAACUUUGUAUUUUGUAAUAGUUGAGCUCAGUAUGUGUUGCUUAAUAUUUUUCUGAAUUGUCAAAUGAACUGUUUUUGUUGAUUGUCACUGCUGAAUCUUUAAAUGAUUAUUGAUAUGUUACACUUUAUGGGAGCCAUAUUUAAGUGAGGAAUCAGUGGUGCAUGUGAAGCAGUUUUAAGCAAAAGGGCAUAUGUUUAUGCCCCAUGAGACUGCCUGGGUGAAAAUGUAGCCUGUUUGUGAAAAUGCAAAUGUGACAAAGGUUUUCAUUCUCUUCUCAGCUGGUACCCAUAAGCAUGAAUGUGUGCACUAUUCUUCCUCAAGUUUAUUGAGACGGCAGGGGAUAAAAGUACAAAGCUGUCUGGUUGAAAACUGAUUUUAUUUUCCUGAACUGAGACUGUUAGACUUCCUCACUCCACGUCAUCCAAACAAACAGCAGGUAGAUUAAACUCACCGAUAGAUUAACAAUCACCUCAAUUCAUAAUAAAUUGACAUCCUGCAUACCCUAAUUUCAAACAUGUUAGCAAUACUUUGGUACUAUGUUACAACUUUGAUUACACAUCAACAUUCAGGUUGCUGAAUGCAGCUCCAGAGAUUGUUUGUCUGCUUUGGGGGGAAAUGCUAAUGCGCCAAAGAGGCCCAACACUGAAACUAAAAUGAAGACGAAUAGUGUGAUGCCUUAAAAAGGAUGUCAUGAAUAUUUCAGCUGAAUAGAGAAAAUCUUCAACGCCUGAUUUUGUUUUAAACUUAUUAACGUCUUCCAUCUUUCUGAACGCCUUUAUAAUAACCCUAAUCCUCAAAGUAUUAACAAAUGUCAGCAGCUUCUUCCUCUCCUGGCUGAGGUCCAAUCAUUUUAUUUAGCAUCCUAGAGAAACAUAUCUGUGGACUUUGUGCGCCACCAUGAAGCAUCUUGUUUGACGUGUUAUGUGGUCUCUAGCAAUAAUGCACCCAACAUGGAGACGUUGCUCUGGGUCGUUGAAUGGUGAGCAUAAACUGUUGACUGAUUACCGCAUAUACUGUGUUAGCUUCCUAUAUUGAUCUACUGUACACAUAAUUGGAAUAAAAUGAAGGAUUGUG